CCUCAUCUCGUCAUCUCUGCCAUUGACGGUGCCCAUACCUUACAGAAAGGCAUCGCGGAUAUUGCCCAGCGCCGAAGGGAGUGAUGGCGGACUUUCUCAACCUGGAUUCAAGAGGCAACAAGCUCAAGAAAGAGCAACAGAAACGUCGAGAUGCCGCGAGGCUGAGAAUUCAGAGAGAAAGGCGGAGUAAGGAAGCGGCCGCGAAGGAUCAGGCGAGAAUCGAGGAGCAGAUUAGGGCGAGAAAGCUCGAGCAGCGGCGGAAGGAGGAAGAGGCGAGGAAGCAGGAAGAGGCGGAUCAAAUCCGAACUGGCGGCAUCAGCUACAAGGAGUCUCUCCUGGCGGUCACAGCCGAUGGCGAGGGGGACAAGAUUCUCCUGCCACCAUCCGCCCUAGAAUCUCUUUCCAGGCAGGACGCGGUUGGCCUUGGACCCAUGCUGUUCGAACUCACUUGCACCACCUCCGGUGCCGCUCCCACUGCUCAGCAGCAGUGGGAACAGGUCCCGGCAUUGCAAGGCGGCACGAUGACAACGACCCGAACGACGCACGCCGGGGUGUUGGAAUUCGUCGCUGACGAGGGCACUAUCGGACUUCCUCGAAAGGUGGUGCUCAGCCUUUUGGGGGCUGCCGCACACCAGGUGCCGUCCCGCACGAGCGACGAAAACAUCGGUGCGAACGACGACGCAGAAAAUGCGAAGGCUGAGAGGCCGGCGGUGGAAGGGCUCGAGAACGUGGUGGUGAGGUAUGUCCGCCUCGCGAAGGCCACUUUCGCGAGGGUGGUGCCGGAGACGGUGGGGCUGUCCCAGGUAUCGGAGCUGAGAGCGAUGUUGGAGCAUAAUAUGCGCAACCACUCGACGUUGACGGUUGGGGAUCACUUGAGCGUGUGGAGACGAGGAAAGGAGUUCAGCCUGAAGGUGGUUGAGCUGCGCCCUGAGCCUCAGGUAACCGUGAUCGACACGGACAUGGAGAUAGAGCUAGACUUGCCGGAAAAGGCGAGAGAACAGCUCCAGGAAAAGGGUGCGCAAGACCGAGCGAAGACCUUGCGCGCGCACAUGAACGCCGCAACGACCUCAUCCCGCGGCGCUUCCCCGACGCAGAGCUUGUCCCCGCUCCCAUCUGGAGGAGGAUGUGUCGUGGGGGGCAAGGGUUCAUCGGUACCGGCAGGUGGCAGAGACACCAGCAUAACCGGGCUUUCCCCGAUGGAUGACAGCGAGAGCGAUGACGAUUCAGACCUCGACUCCGAUGACGAGCGAUCGACAGCCGGAGGCCCGAAGAAACGCGCCUUCAACCUCGAGAAGCACCGCCUGGCCAAGUUCCAGCAACUCCCGGAGGAGCCGCCUAGCGACGAAGAAGGCGUGUUCACCUGCCAGCUAAGGACUACCGAGGGGAAGUUCACGAGGCGCUUCCGUUUCGCAGACUCCUUGGAGGUGUUGUUAGAUUUUUGUGAAGCCCAAGGCGGCGUCCCGGGUCAGUACAGGCUGGUCAUGCCGUUCCCAAGGAGGGUUUUGACAAGAGAUGAUGCAUCGGCAGGCACGACGUUGCACGAAGCAGGGCUCACCUCGAAACAGGAAUCGGUGAUUUUGGAGAGACUCUAGAUGUAUGCAUAGCCAGGUUUGAUUGUAUCAGUUUCAUCUGUGAUCUGACGCUCGGACAGGUGUUUGUGUUUCCUGUUUUUGAUGGACGUGGUUGCGUCACCGCUGGCGUUGGGCGAAAGCGCAGCAUCUUGUAGUGUCUUGCAGAGGUCACUUGCCGGCGUUUGGGCACAGCUGUUGUUUUGUUCUCAUGUAUUUUUUUUGUACAUGCGGGAGGUGUGUCCGUCGAGUGAUUGAUUUUGGAGGCCGUUUAACGCGCUUUGGAGGCGCAACAACCCUCGGAAUCCUUGUUUGUGGUCGUGAAAGUCCCUCGCUGGACGUGGAAGGUAAUGCGUCAAGAAAAUGUCAAUUAGGAAUCAAGAGGGCUUUGUACAGAAAUGGACCGGCGAGGUGCUUGAGCAUCGAUUCAGCACAAAGUUGUGGAACAUUUGUUUGCCUGCUCGAAACCAGGAAAAGAGGUGAAAUGCCGCAGUGUGGCUAGCUGCUUACGUGGUCAUGGUUGUGGCAAACAAGCGCAACGACGAGUGCGCUUCACCGGAUGGGCGGGUGUUCGUUUGUCGCGGAGUGAGUACCAAGCAAAACCUCCCGGGUGGGUGCAAGUCGAUUGGUGCAGUGAGGAUAUCUU